CUUCCCGAGAGCGUCGAGGGGAACAGCCCCGAAAUACAUAAGGAAGGGCGCCGUCCAGAACGGGGCCGCGCGGAAUCGGCCGGCCCGGAAGAGCAGCCAGGCGUGCGUCGGCCGGAAGCGUCCCCCGGAAGGCGGAAGCGGGCGGCUCCCGCGUGGACCCGCGGGUGCCCCGGGAGCCCGGCGGCGCAGCCCACUGACACAACCCUCUGCUCUCGGGGAACCGACACUACUUGGAACACGUGAGGUGCAAGGGCAAGGCGCUGCCAGGGCGGGCGUCUGUCAAGAAAAGGACUUAUAUUUUUCAAAAGGCAACCGAUUUAGAAAGAAAAAAAAGAUGUCUCAAAAGCAGAUGAAGGAAGCUUUUGUCAGUAACCUCAAUGGAACCAGCGUGCUGGAAAUCACCCAGGGCUUAUGUUAUCCUGCAUUCUGUAUCCUAUGUAGAGGGUUCCUGAUCAUUUUCUCACAGCACUUGUGUUCUUUUUCACAUACCUGGAAAACUAGAUUCUUCAUUGACUUUAUUGUCCUAAUACUUCCCCUGGUGGCCACCUUGACCAUUUUGUCUUCAUUUAUCCUCCUUGAGCUUCUCGCUGUGAUUAUCUUUGGGGCAGGGCUGUUUUAUCAAAUAUACCAGAGGAGGACUUGCUAUGCCAGAGAGCCUGUCCAGAAAAUCCUUGAAAAAUUCUUCACAAUCAGUCUAGAAUCAGAAUACAUUCCAGCCAUCUCCUGUUUCCGUGUAAUUAACAGUGUGUUUACUGCUAUUGCUAUUUUGGCUGUGGACUUCCCACUUUUUCCCAGAAGAUUUGCCAAAACUGAGCUGUAUGGGACAGGAGCAAUGGAUUUUGGAGUAGGUGGCUUCAUUUUUGGGACUGCAAUGGUUUGUCUAGAAAUCAGAAGGAAAGACUAUAUCAAAGGAUCCAGAUUUCAUUAUUUUACAAAGUCAUUGUACUCUGUUUGGCCAUUAAUGUUACUAGGAAUUGGACGAUUAGUCAUUAUAAAAUCCAUAGGCUAUCAGGAACAUGUAAGUGAAUAUGGAGUUCACUGGAACUUUUUCUUUACCAUGAUAGCUGUGAGAAUGAUAACAUCUCUACUGUUGAUUAUUUUUCCUUUAAAUAAAUCCUGGAUUGUGUCUCUCAGUAUUACUGUAUUAUACCAGCUAGCUCUCGACUUUACCCCACUAAAGAGGUUAAUUUUGUAUGGCACUGAUGGCAGUGGCACAAGGGUUGGUCUAUUAAAUGCUAACCGAGAAGGAAUAAUCUCUUCAUUGGGGUAUGUGGCAAUACACAUGGCUGGUGUGCAAACAGGGUUAUAUGUAGGUAAGCACAGAUCACAUAUUAAAGACUUGAUAAAAGUAGCCUCUUGUCUGCUACUGGUAGCUAUUAGCCUCUUCAUAUCACUCUACAUAGUUCAAGUAAAUGUAGAAGCAGUAUCUCGAAGAAUGGCCAAUUUAGCCUUUUGUAUUUGGAUAGUUGCUUCUAGCUUGAUCCUCCUUAGUAGUUUAUUAUUGGGUGAUAUAAUUUUGAGUUUUGCCAAAUUUCUAAUUAAAGGAUCUCUAGUACCAUGUUCUUGGAACUUGAUCCAGUCACCUGUCACAAAUAAAAAGUAUUCAGAAUCUCAAGUCUCUGAAGUUCAAAGAAAGGAACCUAGUCUUUGCUUGAUCACAGCUCUAAAUAGAAAACAGUUAAUUUUUUUCCUGCUGUCCAAUGUAACAACUGGUGUGAUCAACCUGAUGGUAGAUACAUUACACAGCAGUACCUUACCGGCCUUGUUUGUGCUCAAUCUCUAUAUGUUUACUAACUGUUUAAUUAUAUAUGUACUAUAUUUGCAAGAUAAAACUAUAAAAUUUUGGUGAUAAAUGGUAUGAUGUCUCUGUAUUUGAGCAACAAUUAUUGUGGAAAAAUAAAUAUUACAUGUAAGGAAAAUGUGCUUUGGCACCCCAAUGUUAAACUAUAUUAUAAAAUUAGAGUUUUAAAACUCUGUAACAGUAGUGAUGCUUAAUUUUAAUUGUAUCUUAACACUAAAAACAAACCAAAAGAAACAAACC